GUUGAAUAAAGGUGAUGGAUUCAAUCCUGGAGUGCGAGCUGAAAUCGUACGACACGACGCAUCCAAACCGUGGCAUUGCAGUAAUUAUAAAUGAUAGUGAACGGCGAGAAGGUUCGGAAAAAGACGUACAAGAUGUGGUGGCUACGCUGGAAGGUUUGAAAUUUAACGUGCGUACCUUCAGCGAUAACACAAAGAAAGAGAUCAAAAAAGCUCUGUACAAAGUGGCCCGCGAGGAUCACACCGAAAACGACUGUCUGGUAAUUGUGGCGAUGGCACACGGAAAGAAAGAUCAUAUCACGCUGAAAAAAGAAAAGCUGCGUAUCGACAAACUGUGGGCUAGUUUUGUGGGAAACAAGUGUCCUUCAUUGAUUGGGAAACCGAAGCUUGUAUUCAUGCAAACGUGUCGCGGUGAUAGGGUAGACUUUGGAGUAGCUUCGCACGAGACAGAUUCGACACCCUGUUCAGUGGAUCCUGCACCUGGUAUUAUACCAAUGUAUGCGGAUCUGUUGGUGAUGUACUCAUCCUACGACCGUCACAUAUCGGUUCGCUGCAAGGACAAAGGAUCCUGGUUCAUACAAUCGCUUUGCCAAGUGUUGCGCGCCAACAUUGCCGGAAAGGAGCUUAUCAGCUUGCUAACCCAAGUGUCCUACAUCGUGUCGUGCCAAACAUCCAUCACGUCCGAUGGGGAAACGGUUAAACAAAACCGUCUAUUAACUCAAUGCUCACGAAAGCCUUCUACUUUGUGCCAAAACAAACUCAGCAGAUAAGCUGAAAGCUGUAAAGCAUUGAAAAAAUAAAUGAACUCCAAGCAAUUUUAUGUUGCGAUGGCUCGGUUG